CUCACAUCUUUUAGUGGACAUAAACUAGUUCUGCACUGUACUGGUUUCGACUUGUUAGAAAUCUAGGCAUUUCAAGGCGCCACCGUACACGAAUAACGCAGAUUACCUCAGUUUAAAGCAGUUCUUAGUGUAUAGUGAUCGAGUUUGCGCAACGUAAACAAAUUAAAUAUGAGUUCUAGAAGGAAAAAAAUUUUUGAUCUUCUGGCCAGGCACUGUGAUGAUACCAAUCAUGACAAACUAACAGUAUCUGCAAGACCAGAAAAAAUAGACGCCCAAUAUUUGAUGAAUACAGCAAAUCUUAUGCCGCCUGGUUAUUUACUCUCUAAGGAAACGGCUGCUUUUAACAAGAGCGAUAAUGCAUUUUGCAGUAUGAACCUCGAAAAUAUAAAAUCAGUUUUGAGUAUUGAAUCCAAUAAAGUUACACCGAUUGUGGCCGAUAAAGGAGACGCAAAUGCUAGUGAAGAAGUAAGAAGUGUUCUCGAAAAAAUCAUAGAUGUAAUAGAAACUGACCAAUUGGACCCUGAAAAAUGUGGCAAACGGAAAAAUAUUGUCGAAGAGGAUCUGUAUUUAUCAUCGGACACGGAUCCUUUCCAAACUGAUGAUGAAGAAAACGACCCUAAUUUUAAUCCACAAGAAAGCAAAAAGAAGAGAAAAAACUUUAAUUUUGAAAACAAUUAUCAAGAAACUGAUACAAGUUCUAACACAGAUGAAAAGAAUAAAAAUGCUAGAAAAAUAUCUAAAAAAAAGCUAAGAAGAGAACAUACUUGGAAAAGAAACAUAAUUAAGUCAUCGAGAAAUCAAGGAAAGAAAUACACCAACUGGAAAGGAAAAAAACAAUUAGCAAGAAAAAUGAAAACAUCAUGUGAAGAGAAAUGUAGAAUGAAGUGUCUAAAUAAAAUGAGUGAAGAAGAAAGACAUAAAAUAUUUACUGAAUAUUGGGGAUUAGGAGAUGUCAACCGCCAACGUGAUUUUAUCCAAAUAUGUUACAGUAGUUUCUAA